UGAAGUUCUACGCCUAUCGAUUUUCUCUCUCCUCUCUCUGUCUCUGUGCAGAGACUCUCUCUCUAACCCGGUGAAGUUCUGAACCCCUCCAGUCUCUCUCUCUAUCUCUAGACUCUCUCUUUCUACAUUUCUAGGUAUUCUAACAGUCAAACGCGGCGUUUCGACGGAGCUUCCAAGCAAAUGUCUGUUCCUUCACAAAAGGCCCGUUCGAAUCUCUCUGUAUCUGAAAGAAAGAGAGAAAUGAGUUAGGGUUUGCUCGUCCUCUCUCCAUUUGCAUUCAUUUGUUGCACGAAGAACCCAUGAACGAAGAAUAGACCACAAACUACUCAAAGAAAGCACAAAUACGGCGAAGCUAGUUGAUGAACAAGAAAUCUGAUCUAAAGAUCAUCUUAAUCGUACUGGGUUGCCCUCUAUUUCUUGUUUCAGACCACCCCAAACAACCGAUCAACCAGGUUUUUGCUAGAUUAUACAAACAGAGAUGAGUUCAGCGUCCAGUUUGGGCUCUGAAAGUGCCCAAAACCUCAUUUCGAUGCUGAGAUCAGCCUUUCAGCCUUCGGAUUUCGACAAGGUACAACAAAUUUUAGUUGCUCGCGAAGAGAGCCUGAAGAGGAAUAUAAAUGAUAUGUCCAAAGAAAUUGAGAUUUGGAAGAAACAGUUCGAGUUGAUGGAAAAGAAAAAAGAUGAAUUGGAAUCGGCGAAGUUGGAGACCGAAGAUGAAUUGAAGAAAUACAAACGAGAGUGUGAUGAUCUCAGAGAGCAAGUCAUUCGCUCUAAGGAAGAUCAAAAGGUUCAGAGUGAUAGGGCGAGAAGAGCCGAAGAUAAAAAUGCAAACCUGUUGAAGGAUUCUAAAAAGGCCGAGGCUGAUAAGAGGAUGCUCGUUUUUCAAUUAAACGUUAAGAGCACGGAUUUGGAGUGCUCGAAUGCGACAAAGAGAAGAGCUGAGGGUGAGAUGGAAGCUUGGAAGAAAAAGUUUGGACAGCUCGAACGGCGGCUUUUGCAGUUGGAGGAGGACAUUGCAACGUUGAUGAGCGGAGUCCCUUUGUCUCUUCAGACCCAGAUAAAUGAGGCUUUGGAAUCACAGCAGCCUGUUUCUGAUGAAAUAAUUGUGGAGAAAGAAACCUGUGAUGUUGGCAAACCCCAAAAUCAAACAGGAGCCGGAAACAGUGGGCCCAAACAGAGUGUAUCAAAUUGCCAUGAAGAGGUUCAACAAGAGGAUAUCAUAGAGAAAGGCACCUGUGAUGAUGGGAAAUCCCAAAAUGAAACAGGUGUUGGUAAUAGCAGUACCAACUUGUUAGAUACACAAAUUAAAGAGAGUGUAUCAAAUUCCCAUGUUUCUGUUACUGAUCCAGUAACUGAAAUUGAUGGUUUACAGUUGUCAGGUCCGAAUUCAAUGAGCAGGGCUUGUGACAAUGAAGUUGUCAUUAAAAAGGAGUUGGUGCUUGACGUGGAGAGUCUCCAGACCUCUGACAAACUGAAAGGUUCUUCCAUGGGAGUUAAUAAGAAACCUGAGCCUGCAGUUGUUAUUGAGAUCAAUGACAGCGAUGAUGAAAUCCCCGUAGUAAAGGAAAUGAGCAAAAGAAAACGAGCUUCGUGUUCUUAUCUCAGUCCAAGUGAGGAUGAUGAUGAUAAUACCCUAAUUUCAAAACGUAGAACAAAGCCAAUUAAGCAGUUGAUUUAUGGGAAUAAGACUUCUCCUGGUGAUGCCUACAGAGCAAUGCCUGAUUCUGGCAGUAUUGAUAUAGCAAAAGCUGUCUCCCCUCCAAGGCAAAGACCAGUUCUAAUAGGACGAUGUCGAGAGAAAGUUGAGGCACAACAAAAUGUCAGAAAUCCUUUGAGCAAAUUUAUACCGGAUGAAAUUAGCUCUGAUAGUGAAGACAGCUCCAGUUCAGGAGAUGGAACCUGCACUGAUUCUGACAUGAAUAACAUGGUUGCAGAGCUCUGGAGAAAGAGAAACAGUGAAAAAUGGGCGUUUAAACCUGACAUGCUUUUAGCGUUUGAGAGGGAUUCUGAACUCUGUAUGAAUGCAAUUUGUGCUCUUUAUAGACAGCAAAACUCUACAAAGGAAUCCAUUAAGGGUCCCUUGUAUUCCGAAAACAGAGGAUUUAACCAAUUUGAUGCAAUCAGGGGAACUGCUUUGGCCAAAUUUCUUACUGGUGGGGAUCCACUAGGUGGGCUGAAGAAAUCAGUUUUGGAGUUGCAGCAAUAUGACCCAAAGGGUCUUGAUGAUUGUAGAAGACUUGCCAAACAUUACGCCACACAGUUGUUUGAGAUUUACCGGAGGAAGGAGGAUCCUUUCUUCUCUUAGAUAAACUCUCACUAGUCUGAUCAGAGUGGCAUCCGUGGUGAUCCCAGAAACAGCUGCAAUGGUCUGGGUAUGCUUUUUGAGUUUGAUACAUACUAAGCUCCUGAUGCUAGAAGCAGAAACAGCUCCCGGUAGGCUGAGUGUGUUUUUUUUUUUUUUUUUUUUUUGAGUCUGAUGUGUAUACAUAUAGAAUUAGAUAUAUGGCAUGUUUUGUUUCUGAUGAUAUGGUUCUCUCAAUCACUCUCUUAAUUGCUGGCCAUGAUAAAAAUUUGUGCUAAAAGAUGCUGAAGUGUAGUGCCAGUGUUGUGGUGUUUGUAUAUUCUAACAAUCUCUGAAUAUUUCUUCUUCAA